GCAACUGCAGAGUAGCAGGUCUUACCGUAGAAUCAACUCCUUAGCGAACACUUUCGUCAGCUGGUAGUCAGCUAGCUAGCAAGCCUGCUAGUUAGCAAAACAAGUUUAGCAAGCUUAUCAACUACAAAGCCAGAUAACGAAUAACAAGCAUGAGUAGUUUGAGAACUCGAUGCAUUAGUUAACCAGCUAACUUGGUAGUUUAUUUGCUGGUAGUAUUUGUGUUAUUCCAAAUACUUGUACCACUGAUAGAUAGGCUAGAUAGCUACGUUGCUAUCGUUAGCUGCUGCGCUGGAGACAACUGUUUUGGUUACUUAAUUAGCUAGCUAGCAGUAAUGGCUAACAGAGAACCACGACGACAAUAUCGCCGUACCCCGGCGAGUAUCAAGCAGGAACAAGACGAUGACUCGGACGCAGAGGAAUCCCAAUUGGGAUUUAAGAAGUCCGAUGGACGUGAAUCACAGAUCAUCCACAGUGGUCACUUCAUGGUGUCUUCACCACACAUUGAACAUCCACCAAAAAAGGGCUACGACUUUGACACAGUGAACAAGCAGACCUGUCAAACUUAUCACUUUGGGAAGACAAGUACAUCACAUCUAUCAAUAGAUGCGUCGUUGACUAAACUGUUCGAGUGCAUGACACUUGCAUACAGUGGCAAGUUAGUGUCCCCUAAAUGGAAGAACUUCAAAGGGCUAAAGUUGCUAUGGAGGGACAAAAUCCGACUCAACAACGCUAUUUGGAGGGCCUGGUAUAUGCAAUAUGUGGAAAAAAGGGAAAACCCAGUGUGCCAUUUUGUGACUCCUUUAGAUGGGAACAUAGACAUGGAGGAUAACCGCCCAGCCGAGGCGAUAGCCACGGAGGGGAAGUACUGGAAGAGAAGAAUUGAAAUAGUCAUCAGAGAGUAUCACAAAUGGAGGACUUACUUCAAAAAGAGGUUACAGAAGCACAAAGAUGAUGAUCUGUCAAGCCUUCUCAAGGGUCCGGAGGAGCAGUUUUCCCUGUUUGGGGAAGUCUUUCCAGACACCCUCCGUGUCUCCUUUUGGCAGGACGAGGAGCUGGCGGGGCGUCGCAUCGCUCGCAGGGGCCGCGACUCUCCCAUCCCCAUGGAGAUGGACUCCCUGUUCGACAUGGACGUACUGAUGUCUGAGUUCUCAGACACACUCUUCUCAACGCUGGCCUCGCACCAGCCCAUAGGCUGGCCCAACCCCAGGGAGAUCGCCCAUGCAGGAAACGCAGACAUGAUCCAGCCAGGACUCAUCCCCUUACAGCCCAACCUGGACUUCAUGGACUCCUUCGAGCCGCUCCAGGACUUAUUUCACCGCCAGCCUGUGUUAUACUCCGCUUCCCUCACUGCUCAGUCUGUCUCUGCUGUCCCCAGUAGCAGCUGUCAGACACAGGCUCAGCUCCUCCCCUCCAUGCACCUGUCGACUGAUCUGGGCCCCCCCCCAGACCCCCUGUCCCUCUCCUCCCCCCUGUCCCUCCCCUCCCCCCUGCCCCUCACCUCCAGCAUGCCUGUUCAGGCCAGCGGGACUUCUGGAUGCCCUGCCUACAUGCACGAUUACCUGCCCCUGUUCCCAGGUCCCAUAGGCCCCAGGGCUCCAGCGGUCUCCCCUCUCAACCAGACCGCCCCCCGUCCCCCCCUGCCCCCGGCCAGCCGUCUGGAAGAGACCCCGUCCCAGACGGUCAUCACACACACAGCCUCCCCCUCCCCCAGUGUCUCGCCCAGAGACUCCGCCCCCUCCUUCAGUGUCCCGCCCAGAGACUCCGCCCUCUCCUUCAGUGACCCGCCCAGAGAUUCCGCCCCCUCCUUCUGUGUCCAGCCUAGAGACUCCGCUCCCUCCUUCAGUGUCCCGCCCAGAGAUUCCACCUCCUCCUUCAGUGUCCCGCCCAGAGACUCCGCCCCCUCCUUCAGUGUCCCGCCCAGAGACUCCGCCCCCUCCUUCAGUGUCCCGCCCAGAGACUCCGCCCCGUCCUUCAGCCACGCCCCAGACUUCUGCUCCCCCUCCAGCCACGCUCCUCCCCUCCAGCCCCAGGGUCCCUCGCCGCCCCCGCUCCGCCAGCACCCCCAGACUUUUGCCCUGCCCAAACCAAUCCACCCCUCCAACUCCAGCAAAAAAACACGCCACGUACAGAGGAUCGUUCCGGCCAAUCCUCUCCCCUCCUCCUCACACCUCAUCCUGACAGCUCCUUUCCCAGGGCACACUGGAGCAGUGCUGGUCACCCAGAGCCCCCUGAAGCCAGAUGCGGUGCCCUCCAACAUGGUCCUGGCCGGCCCGCCCAGCCUGGCACCGUCUCAAGGGUUCCACAUCCUGCCCCAAACUCACAAGGCUCAGCAGCUCAUCGUGCCUAAAGAGGAGACCAGGCACAAGACUACAGCGCCCUCAGGAGCUGCACUGGACGGGCUGGGCUCGGGCCAGGGCUCCCCCUGUGGCUCGGAGCAGGCCCCCAGCCCCCAGUCCCCCCUCAGCAGCACGGCAGCUCUCUCCAAGAACGAGUCCAACCAGAGUCGCCGAGGGACCCACAUCUCCACUGAGCAGAAGAGACGCUUCAACAUCAACAUUGGCUUCAAGACGCUCUGCAACAUGGUUCCCUCCCUCAAGUCCCAGUCAAACAUCAGCAACGCAGCCACGCUGCAGAAGACUGUGGAGUAUGUGGGAAAGCUACAGCAGGACAGACAACACCUGCAGGAAGAGACCAAGAGGCUCCGCGAGGAGAUCGAGGAACUCAAUGCUUCCAUAAACACGUGCCAGGAGCAGUUGCCCGCUACAGGAGUGCCCAUAACACGACACCGCUUCGACCACAUGAGGGAGAAGUUUGACGAGUAUGUGAAGAGUCGCACGCUUCAGAACUGGAAGUUCUGGAUUUUCAGCAUCAUCAUCAAGCCCCUGUUUGAGUCGUUCAACGGCUCGGUCUCCAUCACCAGCAAGGGGGAGCUAUGUGAGAGCACCCUACAGUGGCUGGAACGACACUGCUCUCUACCCGUGCUGAGGCCCACGGUGCUCGGGACCCUCAGGCAGCUUAGCACCAGUACCUCCAUCCUCACCGACCCGGCCUUGCUACCCGAGGAAGCCAGACAAGCUGUUGCAAACUCCCACAACAGUUCUGGAGACUCCUAGCUGCUUAGUCAAGCGGGCGAGCUCAUCACAAAUUACUCUCACUUCACGUCCAAAUCGACCCUUCAAAAAAACACUUUGAAAAAACGUCGAAAAAUAAGACCUCACCAGCUGGCCUUUGGAGUAAAGUUCCAAAGAGAUUACUCCAGUCUUCCUCUCAGUCUAGAUUUUCAUCGCACACAGAAAAAAGCACAAGAUUUCUGCCUUAUUCUCACUGAAGGAUUUUAUUCCUUCACAUUGGCUAGGGUGUCAAUAACGUUAAUCUUUGAAAAUGUCAAAGUCAUAUUUUCAAAGAAUAUGUGAAAUGUGCAUGCAGAAAAAGGUUUGAAUCUCUGCAAAAGCAUCCUCUGCUGUCAGGGGCAACCGAGUGACGUAUGAUGCCAAUCACAGUCAGCUGUUCAGGGUUUUUAGUUCAAAUUAGAUUCUUACCGUGAUGUUUUUAUGGUUUGUUUUAUGUGAGGUAGAAAUAGUUUAAAGAAAGAAAGAAAAGCUAUCUUAAAAAGGGAAAACAAAAGAAUAAGUUUACUUUUUGUUGACGAACGACGUGCACGGGAGACGCGGAUCUUACCGUGAAACCGAGUGAAAAACGUUUCCGAGCUUGAAGGAUUAUUGUAAAGUGUUUUUCUCUUGUGUUCGUCGCAUUGUGGAGCUCAACCACAUGCACGUGUGCCAGUCCUGGUGCUGUAAAACCCUGUUCCCGAAGUGUUCCAGCCAGAUGGAGGCAGCGUGCGUGGAACGUUGAAGCUACUCUUGCGUCUUUUCAUGUGCUGGGCUGUUCCAGCGCUACUGAACUCUUCAGGGGUCAAUCGGAGAGACACCACGCCUUGACAGGAUGGUCUGCCAGACUGGACUGAUAAAAUACAAACUUCUCUACCUGUCAGUGAUGUGGCAGUGGAAAUAUAACCAUACAAAACAAGCGUCAAUGGAGCUUCGCUGAAUGUACAGGUGCUUUGUUACUUUUCGAUAUAUUUUUUUGAAAGAAAUUGUAUUUGUUCACUCAGGGAUGCACUGGUGAGCAUCAAUAUAACUAUAACCAAAACGAACAAAAUAAAUCAGGAUGUCUUCACAAAACACAGCAGUGAACAUGUCACGUACAAUGCCUAUACGUGUUUUUCUUUCUUAUUUUUUCAUAAUCAAAUCUAACUUCAUGUAACGUUCUGUGAGCAAAUGGCAUCUUAUUUAUUACUUCGUUUUUCAGUACGGGGAUAAUGUCAGACAUCUUCUGGCAUCUUUCGGUGUUUUUUGUUCAACACCCCUUAGUGGUUAUUCAUGGAACACAAGAGCUCGUUACCUUUGUUUUGCAGUAUUUAUUUAUUUUCUGCACAAAACGUUAGUUUACUUUGAAUGAAACAAGCACCGUAAAUCGGAUAGUUUUGUCUGUUUUGGUUUGAAUGUUUUGCUUUAGUGGUUAGGAGUCUUAGUUUCUGGAGGUUCUCUACAUGUGAUGUGCAGAUGUGGUCACAUUCUUUUGGGAUGUGCAGAUUGACUUGUGUAAUUCCUGUUGCAGAGUACACGAUCAUUACUUGGACAAAACAAGACAACCAGCCAUAAUAUUGCCCACGUUAUUUUCUGUCAAGAAUCAUGAUUUUCUUUUUGUUUUUUUGAGGAGGUGGAAAAUUGAACUGUUAGGUCUAGAGGGCAACGAUUUGGUAAAAGAAAAUAUUCAUUUAUUACAUAUUGUUUUGGAUCUAGCUCAUUUUUUCCAAUGAAGAAAUCAAACUGUUCUUUAAUGUUCUUAGGGACCUGAAGUCUGAAAUGUCUCCUGCAGGUGAAUUCUGAAUGAAUUCAUUAAUUCUGCAGUUGUUCAAAUCAUGACCUUGUUUGAGUCUUGCCUUAAGAGUUGUAAAUACUGUCAUACUGCUCUAAAAAAUAAAAUAUUUUCCUACAUUUA